GGAGAGAAUAAGUAGAGUCAGAGCCAGAUAAAUAUCAAUUUACAAAUAAAAGACAGACCUUCGUGGCAUCAGAAAAAUGGAGACUGAUUACACCAACUCCUCAUUAGAUGACACCAACUCCUCAUUCGAUUACACCAACUCCACUGUACAAGAAGAUGGUAAUAGGGUUGGCAAUAGGGUUGUCAGGGCCCUACAAAUAACUUCGCUGGUCAUCUACUGCUUGAUAUUUGCAUUUGGGACUAUUGGCAACAGUCUAGUCAUCUACGUGACAGGCUGCAGGAUGAAGAGAACGGUCAACUCAGUUUGGUUUCUCAACUUGGCCCUGGCUGACUUCCUCUUUUCAACCUUUCUGAUUUUCACAAUCAUUUCUACCUCUCAGGGAAACCGCUGGAUGUUUGGACGAGUAUUAUGCAAGCUCAAAACCUUUGUGAUUGUAGUCAACAUGUUUGCCAGUAUCUUUCUUCUGACAGCCAUAAGUGUGGAUCGUUGCUUAUCAAUCUGGUUGGUGGUGUGGGCACAAAACAACCGUACCGUUGGCAAAACCCAGAUCAUAUGCGUUAUCAUCUGGAUUACUGCUGGGGUCUGCAGUGCUCCAUAUGCACAUUUUCGAGAGGUUUGGCCUCAUGGGGGGAAGAUAAUCUGUUAUCCUAAACAAACAUGGAUUCUUGACAUAUUUCGAUUUGUUAUGGGCUUCCUGAUCCCAUUCCUGGUAAUAUGUGUCCAGUGGCGGCCGGUGGUCUAUUUUUUUGGUGGGGCUCUUGACGUACAGGGAGUGACCCGUCCGGGGGGUCCGGGGGGCUGCCUGAAUCCCAUUCUCUAUGUUUUCAUGUGUCAUGAAUUCCAGCAGAAGCUCAAGCGAUUCGUGUGCUUUGCACUAGAAAGUGCCCUGGCUGAGGACCACUUAUCAUUUACGUCCUCUCGCUCCCUGACGUCCUACCUUUCACGGAUUUCUCGUAAAUCUGACUCUACUGCACCCGUGGAGAUGAAAGGCCCAGCCACUUGCUCAACCACAGAACCAGUUUUUUUUCAUUGCACGGAGGGAGAGACACUGGGCACUGAUGAAGAUUAGUCAGAGUAUAUGAAACUUGUAAUCAAUUAUCACAAAAGUAGAGUAGAAACUGAACAUGGAUUGUACAUAGUUCUCUAGAUCAAUAAUUGUGUAGGGUGUGCUGUGGCCUUACAAUGUAAAUAUGAAUGUCUGUGUAUAAGAAUUAAUUAUUUUGUACAAUGAAAUUAUACCCAUAAAUUCAUCAGAUAUGGCAAUGCUUAAAAUUACAUGAUAAUGUGCACAGUAAUGUGUUAUUUUACUUUUAAGUGUUGUAAACAAUACAAUUUCGAGCUUAUUUACAAAUGUUUUUUUGACAUGCCUCUAUAGCAGCAUAAUACUGUCACACAAACUGAGCUUCAAUAAUUGCGCUAUAUGCAUUUUUGUACAGUGAAUAAAAACAUAUUUUUGAUGAGCUGUUCA